AUGGCGGACAAAAAAUCCGCCUACGGGACCGCCUCCUCCGACACCGACUUCCGCAAAACCUGGAACCGCGAAGAAUACGCCCAGCGCGCCGCCGAACGUGAAGCCCAAGACAAAGCCGAGUCCAAAGCGCGCUACGAAGCAAAACUCGCCGGCAAAAAAUGGCACGCUCCCGUCGACUACAGCACGCUCGAAGCGACAUCCUCCCGUGUCUCGAGGCUGGAUGUCGCGAGUAUGGUGGGCAAGACCACCAUGGUGCCCGCAGGAGCUGCAGUGGGGAAAAGAGGGAGAGGAGCGGGUUUUUAUUGUUCGGAUUGCGAUCUUACGUUCAAGGAUAAUAUACAGCUUGUGGAGCAUUUGAAUAGCAAGCAGCAUUUGAUUGCCAUUGGAGAAAGUGGAGAGGUCAAGAGGGCUUCGGUGGAGGAUGUCAGGAAUCGGUUGAGGUGGUUGGCGCAUAAGAAACGUGAAAAAGAGGAGGAGGAUAGGAGAGCGUUUAAUUUGGAUCUUGGGGCAAGGCUGAAGGAUAGGGAGGAGCAGGAUGCAAAGGAGAGGGAAGAGAGGAGAGCAAAGAGGAGGGAGAAGAGGAGGGCUGUUAAGCAGGAAGAGGAUGAUUGGGAGGGGAGGUUGGGGAUUAUUGCUUAG